AUGAAUGUAAUGGUAUUAAAUGCCAAUACAAGGCGGGAUCAAGGAAAAAAAGCUCAAUUUAGCAACAUAUAUGCAGCAAAGACAAUCGCUGAUACAAUUCGAACAUGUUUAGGGCCAAGAGCAAUGUUGAAGAUGGUGCUUGAUCCUAUGGGUGGAAUAGUUUUAACAAAUGACGGAAAUGCUAUCCUACGUGAAUCAAUGAUUGAAAUAAGCCGCACACAAGACGAAGAAGUUGGAGAUGGAACAACAAGCGUCAUCAUUUUAGCUGGAGAAAUAUUAGCGCAAAGUGAGGCAUUUUUGGAACAAGGUCUUCAUGCUACAGUCAUUAUACGUGCGUACCGCAAAGCACUUGAAGAUUGUAUUGAAAUUAUGAAAACAAAAGCGAGUAUCCCAAUAGAUAUUAAUAAUCGUAAUGAAAUGUUACAUGUUGUUAAAAGUUGUAUCGGUACAAAAUAUAUUUCAAGAUGGAGUGAUUUAGCUUGUCAAAUAGCUCUUGAUGCUGUUCAAACAAUUGCAAUUGACGAAAAUGGUAGAAAAGAAAUUGAUAUUAAACGUUAUGCAAGAUUUGAAAAAAUACCAGGAGGAGCCAUUGAAGAUUCAUACUUAUUGAAAGGAUCUUCGAAGCAUAUAAGAUUUUGUUUUUAUCUUGUUCAUACUAGUCGUGUUGAGAAUCCUCGUAUUAUUUUAUUGGAUUGUUCAUUGGAAUAUAAAAAAGGCGAAAGUCAGACAUCACUAGAAUUUAAUGCCGAACCAGACUUCACUCGAAUGUUACAAUUAGAAGAAAAAUAUGUUCAUGUCAUGUGUCAAGAAAUAAUUGCGCAUAAACCACACGUUGUUGUCACAGAAAAAGGCAUUUCAGAUGUUGCUGCUCAUUAUUUGGCAAUGGCUGGUAUAUCAGCCGUUCGACGAACAAAAAAGUCAGAUACUAACCGAAUCGCAAGGGUUUGUGGUGCGCAAAUUGUGAAUGAUACAGCAGAUUUAAGAGAUGAAGUUGUUGGUACAAGUUGUGGACUAUUUGAAAUAAGAAAGAUUGGCGAUGAAUAUUAUACAUUUUUCGAUCAAUGUAAGAAUCCAAAAGCGUGUACGAUUGUUUUACGUGGAUCAAGUAAAGAUGUAUUAAAUGAAAUUGAAAGAAAUUUUCAUGAUGCUAUGAAUGUUGCCAGAAAUGUUAUGUUAGAACCACGUUUAACACCGGGUGGUGGUGCAGUUGAAAUGGCUAUUGCAAGAUCGUUAGAAGAACGUUCCAACAGUGAUAAAUCCGAUUUUUUCAAAGGUGUUGAAAAGUAUCCAUAUAAAUCUAUACAACGUGCAAUGGAAAUCAUACCGAGAACACUCAUUCAAAAUUGUGGUGGUAAUAUUAUUAAACAAUUAACAUCCUUAAAAGCAAAACAUGCACAAUCGGAGGAAAAUUUUUCAUGGGGUGUCGAUGGUGAAACUGGACAAUUGGUCGAUAUGAAAAAAUUAGGAAUAUGGGAACCAAUUGCGGUUAAAAUGCAAACAAUUAAAACAGCUAUCGAGACGGCCAUCUUGUUAUUACGUAUUGAUGAUAUUGUAUCCGGUACGAAAAAAGCGAGUACAUUAACAGAAAGUGAUUCAACAUCUGCUAAAAAGAAGAAAGAUGAAGAAGAAAAACCAACCGAAGAAUCGCAAAAAGAUUAA